GGUUGCUGCGGCGGCAGCGGUGAGUGGUAGGGCUUGUUCAGCGUCGCGGCCAUGGCGGUGUUCGUGACGCGGCGGAUCCCGGCCGAGGGACUGCGCGUACUGUCGCAGGCUGGCGGGUUUCGCGUCCAGCAGUGGGACUCGGAGGAGCCGGUGCCGCGGGCCGAGCUGCUGGCGGGAGUGGCGGGGAAGCAGGGGCUGCUCUGCCUGCUCUCCGACCGCAUCGACCGCGAAGUGCUGGAUGCCGCCGGUCCUGGCCUGAAUCUCAGCACCAUGUCCGUGGGGUUUGACCACCUCGCCCUGGACGAAAUCAAGAAGCGAGGGGUCCGUGUGGGGUAUACACCUGAUGUCCUGACUGAUGCCACCGCAGAGCUGUCUGUAGCUUUACUUCUGUCUGCAUGCCGCCGGCUGCCAGAGGCAGUGGAGCAGGUAAAGAAUGGUGGCUGGACAACAUGGAAGCCCUUGUGGAUGUGUGGUUAUGGUCUCUCUGAUAGCACGGUGGGCAUCAUAGGUCUGGGGAGAAUAGGACAAGCAGUUGCCCGCCGCCUAAAGCCAUUUGGGGUCAAGAAGUUUUUGUACACUGGCAGUGGCCCAAAACCAGAGAGUGGUGCGGAGUUUGAAGCUGAGUUCGUCUCACUCACAAGGCUGGCUGAAGAAUCGGACUUCGUUGUGGUGACAUGCGCUUUGACUCCAGCCACUCAAGGAAUGUGCAACAAGGACUUCUUCACCAGAAUGAAGAAGACCUCUGUGUUUGUCAACACAAGCAGGGGGUCUGUGGUGAACCAGGAGGAUCUGUACAAUGCACUGGCCCAUGGCCAGAUCGCAGCAGCAGGCCUGGACGUCACAACACCGGAGCCACUGCCCACUGAUCACCCCCUGCUCUCCCUCAAGAACUGUGUGAUUCUGCCACACAUCGGGAGUGCCACAUAUGCCACAAGGAGUACCAUGGCAGUACUGGCAGCCAAAAACCUCCUGGCUGGGCUGCGAGGGGAGGCCAUGCCGCAUGAGCUGCUGCUGUGAUGGCCAGAGUCCUCAUCCUGGAGGGCAGCAGGACUUGGUGUUACCGUCCCCUGGAGAAGUCUUGGAGACCAGUCUUGUGCCUCUUUGCCUUUGCAGCAGUGUGCCAGCAGUGCCUGUGGUGAGGGAACUGCACCACAGCUAUUAAAGAGAAGCAGUGAGUGUGU